AUGAUUCCCCUCCAUGCAGCUGUCAUUAUCGCGCCCCUCCUCGGUAUCGUGCAAGGUGAUUGUGAGGACACCGAUAACGGAGCUACAGACAUGAUGGGCCAGGGUUGCAUAUUUUAUACUCAUUAUCCCAUGAGCUGUUCUAAUUUUGAUGAUUAUUAUCACUAUGACGAUGAGGACUUCCAAUCCUUUGAUAUGUGCUGUGCAUGCGGGGGUGGAGACGGCAGCAGAGGCUGUGUGGACACCGACGACGGAGCUACAGACAUGAUGGGCCGGAGUUGCGAUAGUUAUACUACGUAUCCCCCUUGGUGUUCUACUUUUUAUUCGUGGUGGUAUGACGAUUAUGACUUCUCAAGCUCCGAUAUGUGUUGUGGAUGCGGUGGCGGGGCGCCGCCGACGCCAGCACCCACGUCGCCACCGCUGCCGACGCCAGCACCUACGCCGCCGCCCCCGACGCCUGCACCUACGCCGCCGCCGCCCACAACAAGCACCCAAAUCUCCACCACUGCCACCCAGACAGCCACAAGUUCCGAGACUGCCACCCAGACUGCCACACAGACAACCACCGAGACGGACACGAGUUCCGCCUCGCCCAGCAACAGCACCACCAAGACGACUACCACGACGAUCGCCAGGACGGCCACGACGACCACCGAGACAGGCACGAGCUUCUCCACGUCAAGCUCCACAGCCACCACCGAAAUGGUACUAACCGCAACCACAAUUGAAAUGGUACUAACCGCAACCAAUUUGGGUGGUAGUUUUUCGAGCAAUUCGCCAUCGGCGGAGGAGCCGCAAGAUUCCGAGGCAUCGCUUACAGUGUUCGUUGCUGUCGUGAUCGUCCUUCUGGCCUGCGUCGCGCUGGGCUUGGGCUGUCUGAUGAGGCGCGGAUGUCCCGGCUGUGGCAGGGGCCCAGCGCUCGACUCGCAGAUUGAGAUCAGCGUGUCGGAGUUGGACGCGGAGAUUAGUGAGCACCAGGCGGACCAGAAAACCGAGUUGUUGGAGACCAUGGAUUUUUGGUUUUUGCCAGUCGAAGAACUCAUGAACAUGCCGCGCAACAUCCCCGUCUUCCGCCACCAAGUGUUGAGGGACCUCGGUCUGUUGGUGAAGCGGACCAUGACCCUGGAGGAUGUGCUUGCUGGGCGGUUUGUUGCUGACACGGCAGCAGUGUCCCACCGCUGGCCAGAGCCAGAACACCCCGAUCCGGACGGCAGCAAAUUGUGUGAGUUGCAAGACAUUUUAGCCAAGAUCCCCUCGAUAAAGUUUGUAUGGAUGGAUUGGGUAUGCGCACCUCAAUGGCACGGCGGCGGGCGGACCGAGGAGGAGGAGGAGGAGUUCAGGCUGAUCUUGGAGAACAUUUUGCCCUUCAUCUUUCUCGGGUGCACGGUUAUUGUGCUGUACGAGCGUGUCUAUAAUCAACGGUUUUGGCCAAACGUGGAGUCUUGGAUCGCCACCAAGAUGGCUACCGAGGACGGAUUGGUGCCAGCUACCGAGGAUAGACUCCGAUUGAAAGUCCACGGCAUAGACUCAGUAAAGGGUUUCAAUUGCACCCCCUGGGUGCUCGACAGUUGGCACCAUGCUGAUGCGCAGAAGGCUAUCCGCAUCCUGUCUCACAACGACAUCUUGGUCACAAACGCGAAGGACAAGGAUGUCAAUUUGAAGGUACUCGGCUCUCUGGACCACAUGAUCAAGAGCCGUCACAUUUUAUGCACCUGA